AUGGUCAGGCCGGCCCCUCAAUCUACUCGACAGCUUGAUGAAGCUGGUUCUCAUGAAUUCAACAGUUCAGGCGAGGCAAUAUCAGAUCAACAGAUGAAACAUCUCAAGAUAAUACUUGAGAUGAACAAGAGGAAGCAAAGAGUCUUAGAACUUGAACUACAACUGGAAAAACUCUGUCAACAGAGAUUCUCUACAGAUCAAUCUCAGAAUGUCAAUAAUUAUUCUGUCAUUAUAUCAACAGUCACUUGGAAUUCUAAUCUCAGUGAAAGGUUGAAAUUCAAUCUUUAUAAACUGAAUAGCUGUGUUGGCAAGGCAAUCUCUCAAUUCAAGAAAGAUAUCAAGAAUACUAGAAAUGAUAGAUUCAGAAUUCUCUACAAAGAGAUGAUGAAUAAGUAUUAUUCUGAGAUGUCAGAAAUCAGUGACUCUAUACAUUCAUCUUGA